GCCUAUCUGUGCUUCCUGCGAUCACCUUCGGAAUACGAACGAAUACGAUGUAUCCUGCACAAGCGCAUGUCAUCAAGACAUUCGGCAAGCUCAUCGAAUUGUUGCCGUCUAUGGAGCAGAAUGAGCCCCAGAUAAUAUUACUUGCAGGGGCAGUCACGCCCUACAGGAAUGAUACCGAUCGCGAGCUUAGUUUCCGGCAGGAAUCCAACUUUUACUAUCUAUCAGGAUGCGAAAUCCCCUCGUCGUACCUCUUAUUCACGUUCCAGAACGGAACGUCGCUCUCCACCAACCCGCAGAUGCAGUUGUUCAUCCCGAAAGCUGAGAUUGCGGACCUAAUGUGGUCUGUGCCUCCUCCAACCGUUGAGGAAGCAUCUUCACAAUUUCAGAUGACCCGUGUCGAGCACCUUGGGGAGCUUCACGCAGCGCUUAAGGAAGAGAUGAAGGCAUACCCGUCUGCCACCAUCCACAUCCUACCCGCUGGAUCCCCCCUCUUCCCGGUCCUCUCUGCACAGUACACGUCCACGAUGCUGCCAAAGAAUGCGACUGCAACUGAUGCCUAUCUCCUGACCGCUUUGCACCGCGCCAGACUCACGAAGGAUGCAAACGAGAUUGCAGCAAUCAGUAAGGCCAACGCCAUCAGCUCGCGCGCUCACGAGGUUGUCAUGCGUGUGCUGGGCCAAGGUGUACGCGGUGCACUUCAGCAUGGAGAGGGCGCGGGUGUCGACAGGCCUUUGCUUCCUGGCGAAUGGCUGAUUGAGAAGGAAGCGGAGGCGGAAGCCCUCUUCGUGGCUUCCUGCCGCAGGGAAGGUUCUGUGCAUCAAGCAUACCUGCCAAUAGUUGCUGCCUCCACUCGUGCUUCCACUCUGCACUACUGCUGCAACGAUCGCGAGUUCGCCUGGGGUCCCGUCGCACCCCACUCUCACGAGAACGGCCACCACCUCGCUCAUGGAGAGGGCAGACAGCUGGAUGCCCAGGUCCUGCUCAUUGAUGCAGGCUGCGAAUGGAAUUGCUAUGCUUCUGAUAUCACUCGAACCAUGCCUGUUGGAAACGGAGGCAAGUUCACUCCCGAGGCGCGGGCCAUAUACGAGCUCGUACUCGAGAUGCAACGGCUGUCGAUGGAGGCACUAGAGCCCGGUCUACACUGGGACGUGAUCCAGCUCCUGUGCCACCGCACGCUCGUCCGCGGCUUCCAGCGACUAGGCAUCUUCAAGACGCCCGAGUCUCCCAACUCGGGCUCCUGGAACGCCGAGGAAUCGAUCCUCGCGAGCGGCGUGAGCACCGCGUUCUUCCCGCAUGGCGUCGGGCACUCGCUUGGGCUAGACGUGCACGACGUGCCGAGCGCGAGUAAGCCGGAGAAGAACGACACCAUUGGGAAGGGAGUGGAACUCGGACACGAGUCAUUCUACACGUAUUUGCGUCUCCGUCUGCCUCUGGAAGAGGGCAUGGUCGUGACGGUAGAGCCUGGCAUCUACUUCUCUCCUCACCUGCUCGCCCUAGUGCGGGAUUCCCGUCACAUUGACCAUGACGUUCUCAAGAGGUACGAGAGUGUAGGUGGAGUUCGGAUUGAAGACGUCGUGGUAAUCACUGCCAAUGGAUACGAGAACCUCACCACGGUAAGGAGCGACACUGCUUGGAUCGAGGCCGUAUGUUCGGGCGCGAUCUGAGGCAGGAUCACAACUGCGUUUGUUCCGUUCUCUUUGUAGCACGUGUAGUGCGCAGUGUACUUUUAGGCAGCGUAUUUGUUGAGAACCAGACCUGUAAGCGCAGCAUCGGAACAGAAUAUCUAAUGCGAAACUGCUGGGAGCCGG